GCGGACGCGUCCGUCUGGUGCUUCGGCAGCCCUGAGGAGCCGGGGCCGGGCGCGCUGGAGGAGAAGGCGGCGGCCGAGGCGGAGGCGCACGGCCGGCAGUCCUCUGGAGCCGGGCGGAGGCGGAGGGGACCAUGUCCGAGGGGCGCUCCCAACUCUCCACUACCGAACGCGUCAUCAAAGCUGUUCCCUUUCCUCCAACCCAACGGCUUACUUUGAAGGAAGUAUUUGAGAAUGGGAAACCUAAAAUUGAUGUCUUGAAAAAUCAUUUGGUAAAGGAGGGCCGACUAGAAGAGGAAGUGGCCUUAAAAAUAAUCAAGGAUGGGGCUGCCAUCCUGAGACAAGAGAAGACCAUGAUAGAAGUAGAGGCUCCAAUCACAGUGUGUGGUGACAUUCAUGGACAAUUCUUUGACCUGAUGAAGUUAUUUGAGGUUGGAGGAUCACCUAGUAACACACGCUACCUCUUUCUGGGUGACUAUGUGGACAGAGGCUAUUUCAGUAUAGAGUGUGUGCUGUAUUUAUGGAGUUUAAAGAUUAAUCAUCCCAAAACAUUGUUUCUGCUUCGAGGAAAUCAUGAAUGCCGGCAUCUUACAGACUAUUUCACCUUCAAACAAGAAUGUCGCAUCAAAUAUUCUGAACAGGUGUAUGAUGCGUGUAUGGAUACAUUUGACUGUCUUCCUCUUGCUGCCCUCUUAAACCAGCAGUUUCUCUGUGUACAUGGAGGAAUGUCACCUGAAAUUACUUGUUUAGAUGACAUUAGGAGAUUAGACAGGUUUAUUGAACCUCCUGCCUUCGGGCCAGUGUGUGACCUGCUUUGGUCUGAUCCCUCCGAGGAUUAUGGCAAUGAAAAGACCCUGGAGCACUACACCCACAACACUGUCCGAGGGUGCUCUUAUUUUUACAGUUACCCUGCAGUUUGUGAAUUUUUGCAGAACAAUAAUUUAUUAUCAAUUAUCAGAGCCCAUGAAGCCCAAGAUGCCGGGUAUCGAAUGUACAGGAAGAGCCAAACAACAGGCUUUCCAUCACUUAUUACAAUUUUCUCUGCCCCUAAUUACCUAGAUGUCUAUAACAAUAAAGCUGCUGUGUUGAAAUAUGAAAAUAAUGUCAUGAACAUCAGGCAGUUUAACUGUUCUCCACACCCCUACUGGCUUCCAAACUUUAUGGAUGUUUUCACAUGGUCUUUACCUUUUGUUGGGGAAAAAGUCACAGAGAUGCUGGUUAACAUUCUCAACAUAUGCUCUGAUGAUGAACUGAUUGAUGAUGAUGAAGCAGAAGGAGGCACUACAGUUCGUAAGGAGAUCAUCAAGAAUAAGAUCAGAGCCAUUGGGAAGAUGGCACGGGUCUUUUCAGUUCUUCGGGAGGAGAGUGAGAGUGUGCUGACUCUCAAGGGCCUGACGCCUACAGGUACACUCCCUCUGGGCGUCCUCUCAGGAGGGAAGCAGACUAUUGAGACUGCCACAGUAGAAGCGGUAGAGGCCCGGGAAGCCAUCAGAGGAUUUUCGCUUCAGCACAAGAUCCGGAGUUUUGAAGAAGCCCGAGGUCUGGACCGAAUUAAUGAGCGAAUGCCACCCCGAAAAGAUGGUGUACGCUCUGAUGGGCCAGUGAAAUCUGUAAGCCCAGCACACCCAAAGUCUCAGCACAGGAGCAACCACGGGAAGAAAGCCCAGUAAUGAUUCAGAGUCCUGCUGUGGCACAGGUGGAUCCAAAACUUAAGAACAAAUUUUAUUUAUUUAUUUUUGGAAAAUGAAACAAAAACAACUCAAACAACUUAAACCUGGAGGUGCAUUUAUAAUUCAGUCUGCAUUUAUUCUGUAAGAAAGGUGACCAUUUUAUAAAUUCUUUUAAUUUAUGUUCAAUAUAUAUAAAAAGUACAUCUGUUUUGUUUUUCCCUUUUUUCUCCCUAAUUUUUAAGAACUAAUCUGAUUGUUGUCAAUAUAUUAUGUGAAGUCUUGUGCUAUAAAGGGGACCGUCCCCUAAUAAAAGGGCCUUGGAAACCUCAA